AUGACACCUCGAACAUCCAUCGCAAGCCUCGCGUGGUUGAGCGGCAUCCUCCUCCUCCUCUUAACACUAGACUUCACCAACAUCGUCUACAAUGGCCAGCGCCUCAUCUAUGCCUCAACAACAGACACAUCUGGAAACUACAGCUCAAUGAGCUUCUCCUCCUUCACCAACUGGUCCGACAUGGCCUUAGCAAGCCAAAACCCUAUGCACUCAGGGAAUGUCGCCCCAAUACUCUUCUACUUCCGGCCCAAAAACAUCUGGAUCCUAGCCUACUAA